CUCGGAAGGGAGCGCAAGGGAGGAUAGGGUAGGGGGCGGGAUGUAGGGAGCAGCGCCCAUGGGGAUUUAGGUGGAGGCCUUAAAAUUCACAGGUUUGUUUUGUUUACAUGAAAAAGUUUACAGUUCAAAGAAAAACUCUGAAGGAAAGAAAGUAACUAUCUCCCUCCCCCGGCAACCGCAUGGGAUUACAGGGAAAGUGUAUCGUGGAAGGGAGGGAGAAGGGAGAGACUGUAAUUGUAGGCCUAAGGGGGCAGGCGGCCAAGAAAAACUACCUUAAUUGUGGCAUGGCUUUAAAAUAAAAUUUGAAGUGGAAACACUUGGACUACCCAGGUAACCGGAGGCAUCGUUUGUCUUAGAAGCCGCUAGGACCACCCGGGCGUCCGGGUUCUACUCCUAGCCCUUCCUGUUGUAGGUCGCUGCUCUGUGGCCACAGAUUGGUCUCUUUGUGCUUCUGGACCUCAGUUUCCUUAUAAAAACAAGGAGCUUUGUUGAAUUAUGUAUAAGAUUUCUUCUGAGUCUCAAAUUCUGCGUCCAGAAGUUGCUGCCCUAAAAAUGGUGAACUCGCAGAAUAAUUAAAAGAUUUUCUCAUCCUUAACUACCAGCUUACUUGGAAGUUCUAGUAAAGGAGAGCAUCUCCUUAAACCGGCUUUGCGAACACUGGUUGCAGGAGAUAUGUUCAGAAAUAUACACUCCUCCACCCUAUCCCCUCUAACUUGGAAAUUCACAGUGCACUUUAGUAAUAGAAAAGAUUCUGAGAAUUACCGUGGCUCAGAGCCCUAACUGUUUAAACCUACCCUUUCCAGUAUUAUUUGACCAGAUUCUUUGUUCUGUGGCAGCCUUUUUGAACCUCAUUCUACAGAUACCUGUUAUGGGAACACUGUGCUUUUGCACCAACUGCAAUUUGGGGAGGAGUACAUCUGGAGCUGUGAGAGAGGAAGUGUAACUCUAAAAAGUGCCUGUUGUGUGCCAGGCACUGGUACUAGGCAUUGAAAAUACAAUGGUGAGCAAGGUAGACAUGGUUACACUUCACACAGAACUUAGAAUUUAGCAGUGAAGAGAGAGAAAUUUACAGAAAAUAGAACAAGUGCCAUGGCAAGGAAAAUACAAGAACUUAGGAAGCACAUAGUAAGGGCACCAAACACACACAGGAUGGGCAGGAGGACUUUCCAGAGGAUGUAGCUCUUAGGAGGAGAUCUAAAUUGUAGGAGGGGUGGUUUGGAGGGAGAGGAGUCUGCAGUUGGAGGAACUGGAUACUAAAGGAAGAGGAAAUAUGUGAGAAGAGGAAAUGAAAGAUACUUUCUAGAGAUGAAACACAAAUACAAAUGAGAGAUAAGUGAGAAAUUAAGUAGAGAGACAGUAACUGUAGCUAAUAUUUACUAAUAUUUAUGUGUCAAAUAUGUCAGAAUGAAAGAUGUUUUCUGUGGUUGGAACUGCAAUACAAAUGGGAGAUCAGUGAGAAAUUAAGUAGAGAGAUAGUAACUGUAGCUAAUAUUUACUAAUAUGUGUCAAAUGUGUUAGAUACUGUAUCAAACGUUGUAUAUUCUCUCAUUUAACAUUCACAACUACGCUGUGAAAUGAGUAUUAAUAGUCUCAUUUUACAGAUGAGGAUACUGAGGGACAAAGAAAUCAAGUAAUUUGCCUAUUAUGAGACAGCUGGUAAGCAAGAAGUCAGUCUGGCUCCUCUAGACUGUGCACUUCAUUCAUUUUGCCAUAAUAUAGGAUAACUUACAAGGUAGUUUCCAGCUCUUGAAGAACCUUGUAGGCCAUGACAAGAGGUUUGGCAUUGUCCUAAGAGUGGUAGGAAGCCAUCUUAGGGUUUUUAAGCAGAUUUACAUUUUGGAAAGAUAAUUCUGGCUAUACAGUAGAUUGGAGGCAAAGUUUACCAGUUAGGAGUAAUCCUCGUGAUUUAUGAUGAUAACUAAAUAGGUAAGAAGAGAAGUAGUAAGUUGAAGAUACAUUUUUGGUGGUAGAAUCACUAGGAAUUGGUGAUUGAUUCAAUGUGGGUAGGUAAAAGAGGAAAUGAGGUUUACCUGGGUUUCACUAUGAAGCAAUGGGGUGCGGCUAUUUACUAAUAUAGCAACACCUCACAAGGAGCAGGGGUUCAAGGGAUGAUGAUGACAUCCAAUUUGGGGCUUGUUGUGUUGAGGUUAAUCAGACAUAGGAAUGGAAAUAGUAGUAAAAUAUAUAAUUUAUAGCUUUGGAAUGAAGUCAAAGACAAUGAUUUGGGUGUUAUCCACACACAUAAUAGGAGGUAAGGCUAUGGGAGUGGAGCAGUCUGCUUAGGUGGUAUGCAGAAUGUGAAGGGAAAGUCUGUGGCUGAAGCCUGGUGACUAUCAAUAUCUAAGAGGCCAGAAGGGAAAGAUAAACCUACGCAGUAGAUUGCCUAAGCAUCCUGAUAGGCCAAAUCAGCUCUGGUGAUCUUUGUACCACACAGCUGCACCCAAAGUUGACCUGUUAUCACUGCUCAUUUCAUGACUUGAGCAAGCCUUUUGGGCACCUCUGUAAUAUGGGCACUUUGGAGGACACAAUGUUAUAGUCUGUACCUUCAUAAAACUUUAGGCAGUACAUGAAAAUGUACUGUGUAAGAAAGGGAACAAAAGUGAUUUUUUUAAGCCCUUAUUAAAAUACCUUAAACUUAGACCAGUGUUAUAGAUAGGUUAACCUUCUUUCAAUUCAAAAUAAUGCUUCAAAGUAUAAUAAUGUAAAAUUGAGCCAUUAAGUUGGAUGGCAAGAUAUAGAUAAACUGUUUAAACGCAGCAAAAAUUGAGAUAAUAGGUGUGACAGCGCUGUAAAAGUACAAUGCAAGUGUCAUUAGAAAAUACAGAUAUGGAAGAUCUUAAGAUAAUUUCUUGGAUGAUCAAUUCAGGCAGAGUAUUAAAGGAAAAUAGGGCGAAUCUAAACGUUUCAAGGUGAUUAUCAAGGAGGACAAGUAUUAUGUUGUGCUCUUUUAUUUUAGGUUUCAUAGAUUCAGUUUGGCAUUUCUUGGGGUGGUCCUGCUAGUGAUUAUGACAAGGUAUUAUUAUCAAGUAACAAGGCUGCUUUCCAUAAACCACACAUAAAAAUCAGCCUUGUCUGUUUUAUGAUCAUGUGCUUCACCUGUGUUUCCAUAGCAUUGUGUGUUAGCUUAUUCCAUUAUGUAGGUGAUACAAUGAAAUGUAGGCAUUUAGGAAAAUCUUACUCUUAGUUAUUGUUAUAGAAAUACCAUUUGAUCACAUGUUUCAGUGAAAUUUACUUUCCUUGAAAAACUGCUUUUCCCAUUCACAGUUGUUGAAAUUACCUCCAAUAUUCAUGUCAGUAAUUCACCACUCUUCAUGAAGGGUUGAACUGGCACAAGUGGCAAUGUAUAUUACUGAUGUAGCUGGCACAAAACUUUUCUUGUUAUCUCCUCUACUGAAGGCCUAUAGCCAAGGUUGCAACAAGGACAGUGUCAGAGCAGGCUGUAAAAAAUGUGGCUACCCUGGUCACCUGACUUUUGAAUGCCGCAAUUUUCUCCGAGUAGACCCUAAAAGGGACAUAGUUUUGGAUGUCAGCAGUACAAGUAGUGAAGAUAGUGAUGAAGAGAAUGAAGAACUGAAUAAAUUGCAAGCAUUACAGGAAAAAAGAAUAAAUGAAGAAGAGGAAAAGAAAAAAGAAAAAAGCAAAGAAAAAAUCAAGUUGAAAAAAAAAAGGAAAAGGUCUUACUCAUCCAAUUCCACUGAAGAAGAUACUUCAAAACAAAAGAAACAAAAAUAUCAGAAGAAAGAAAAGAAAAAAGAAAAAAAGAGUAAAUCAAAAAAAGGGAAACAUCACAAAAAGGAAAAAAAGAAGAGAAAAAAGGAAAAGCAUUCUUCUACCCCUAAUAGUUCUGAAUUCUCCAGAAAGUAACUGAAACUUUGGCUUAAGCCAUUAAAUUUAAAAAUUUUGUUGUUAAAACGUGUUUGCCCUUCCUUGGAAUUUGCUAUAUGUUAUGCUUUGCAAUAAAUCACAGCUUUUCCGAUAUACACAUUUUUCGUAUGUGGGACCAUUAUCCCUCUGGCAAUAUAUUUUUAAUGUGCUAUGACUAUAAAGUAUUAAAUCAGUCUUGUUACUUGAUAGCCAUGCCCCGAGUAUAGCUAUUUGUAUAUACUAAACGCAUCAUGUUUGGAUUUGUGGCUGUGUGUUUGGCUAAUGUUAUUACUUCAUAAAGUUGAAUUGUAAAAUGGCUUUAUUAUAGUCAACAUGGGUUAUCUACCUAGCGGUUAAUGAGUAUUGCUGAAUCAGGUGUCUACCUUCCAGUGAUGAAGCUAGGUCCUUACCUAGGGUAAUGUUUUGCUCUUGACACAGGGAAUUUAAUAGCUUUAUAUACUGAACUAUAAUAUCUUUUAAAAAUAGUGAAGUUCUUCACUGUUGGUUUUUUUUUUAAAUCUCUAGGGAUUUUUUUCAUGUGCAGCUGCUUAAUGGUCUUGACUAGGCUAACCUUUUAAAUGAAUGGUGUCUGCAGGAAGAUGAUCAUGAAAAUAUCUCUAACAAAGUUUCACUGUUCUAUGAAAUGCAGAAUUUCUAGUACCUUCCUCUUUUGUUUUUGUAACAAUUAAAAUAGUUCUUUCUUGUAUAAAGAGAUUAAUCUAGUUCAGCCUGUAAGUAAGUCUGCAGAGAUGAAUGCUGUGUUGGUCAGGAUUUUUAGGAUAGACUCCUGGGUUGUUUUACAAGUGUGCCAUAUUGGCAUGUCUUUAAGUGAUACCUCAAACACAGAAAUUUUUAUUUAGGAAGAUAGCUAAAUCUUUAUUAGAACUGAUUUUUAUUGUAUUCCAUAUGUAAAUUUUAUGAAGCUUGUUUCGAUGAGUAAUGUGGAAAAUUUUACAAAUGUGAGCAUAUAUAUUUAUUUAGUCUGACAUAAUUUGUAGUUUUAAAGCAAAUUUCACACUGAACGUACGGUUUCAUAAAUGACCAGUUUGGGGUGUUUUUCUCUUUUACUUUAGUGGCAACCUCAGGAGCAGUGUCAAAAAUUUAGAAUCAAGAAUUCUAUUCUGUACUUUUUAAAAUUUAAGAGCCAGAGUUACAUCAUGAAAACCUUUAUAUAACAAUGGAAAUUUUAUAUGGGUAAGCAUUUUCAAACACAUAUUAGUAGAUAUGUCUUUUAAAUUUUUAUUUUCACAUUGAUCAGUGUUACUUUGCUUAAUACUUAGGUAUCCUUUAUGUCCAAUAAAGUAAAUGCUUAUGUUGUAGAAGCAUCAGACAUCAACCAGUAUCAUGGCAUAGCACCAAAGAUUGUAAAUACCUCACUAUGGUGCACUUACAAAUUUUUAAAUUGUUAACCUACAGACAUGGCUUCAGGCGAAUUCAUGAUGGUGAAAUCAGCUAGGUACACUUAACCUCACAGGCUAGAAAUGUUUACUGAUUCUUCUUUCACCUAGCACCCAACGUGAAUACCCUCAGUAAGACUUGGGGAGCCUUAUAACUCCUCUUAACAUAUGCUUAUCCAUGCUUAAAUUCUAGGGAAGCUGCAUCCACAGCCCUUUUCUGUAAUAGCAUUACAGCCAUGAGAGCUCUCACACUUUUAGCCUUUCCAUAACCUAAUUUAGUCAUUUGGGCCUCUCAAAAGGAAAUAUUUUUGUUUAAAUAGGUCAGUCGGUUAUUGGGAGAGAAAUACAGAGCCAGUAGGUUUUCAGGGGUUUGGUUUGCCUUUGCUAAUUUUUUGAAAAUAGAGUUCUUCAGUUAUCAAGAUUUUAAAAAUCAGUUUUUAUAAUAUAAAGCUUUUUUAAAAAAACUGGGCUGGCCCAAGUGCAGUGGUUGUUUCUCCACUCCCACUGUUUGACUUGACUUGCCUUGAAAAAAUAAUAGUAAAUAUUAAAAAAUGAUUAGAAGAUGCUAUACAAAGGGGAUGAUCUCAUUUCAUUGAGUAAGACAGUUAAAAAUGGUAGUAACUGUAGUGGAAUAGUUAAUUGAGUUAUUUGUAAGUUUUAUUAAUGUUAAUUGUAGAGAUUAUAAAUUGGCUCGUUAAGUUUCUAAAUGGUGACACAAUUAAUAAUGAUUUAGAGCAAAGUCAGUCCUUGUUAACUAAUAAAGUAUGCAAAUUAAAAUAUUUUAAUGAUCAGUAAUUUUCCCCCAGAAAUUAUCUUGCUGUUUUUAAGCAAUUUCCCUAAUUUUAGCAUAGUUUAUGAAACAUCUCAUCUGAAUAAAAAUUUAUUUUUGCUAAUAAUUUUCUUCUAAAAUGA